AUGACGGAGGAGCAGGUGGUGAAUGUGUGCGGCGAAGAAGUCAAUUCCGGCAACGAUAACCGAGGCGUCAAAGCCAAUGGAGCUGCGCUUGAUGUCGGUGGCGAUUUGGAUCUCGCCGCCGGCGGUGCUGCGUCGGUGGAUGUGGCGGUUCCGGAGGCGGUGAAAAUUUGUAAGGAUGCAGUGGCUGACGGUACGGCGGAGGAAGGUUCUGUAACGGACCGUGAAUUGAAACGUGAGGAUAGUGAAGACGGGGCAGGAUCCGUUCGGAACGGCGUCGUGGAGAAUGAGAUUCGUGAUGCUGCUGCAGUGGAGUUAGUUGCGGAUCACGAGGAAUAUGUUGUUGUCGGUGCUUCGGAUGUUCAAAACGGUGUUGCUGCGGAGGGCGAGAUUGGCGGUGAUGGGAAUGAAAACGUGAAUGGAGUUGAGGAAUGCGAACUUUUGGAUCGUGCGGAGGUUUCGGGAGAUGAAAGCAGUGUCGUUGUGAAUGUUGUGGAGGAAAAUGCUGACAUGAAUCAAAGUGAUCGUGACUUCGAAUGUGUUGAAGUGCACAAUGAUGUGGCAGUGGUUGUCGGAGCUGGGGAAGAACUGACUGCUACUGCUGAUGAGAACAGUGAAGAUGACGUGCAGAGAAGAACUGAGUCUAUAUCUGAUAAAGAUGUGGGUAAAAGUGGGGAGAGCGAAAAUGUUGUUAGUGCAGAUGUCUCAGAUGAGAAGGACAUCGUAACUAAUGAAAAUCAUGAUGUGGAAGAAGUCACUGAGAGGAAUGAGGUUCCAGCUGAUGUUGGUGGCGACUCUGGUACUACCAGUGUGAAUGAAUGUGAACCCGAAUAUGCUCAAAAUAGUUCAGAGAUGGGGCAGGUUGAGUCUGCCUCUGGUUUGGCAGAGUCAGAGCAGGUGCCCAGUGAAUGCACUGAGGAGAAUGAGGUUGUUGUCAAAGGUGAAUCAGGCACUAAGUUGGAGAGGUCUGAGGAGGAUGCAGGAAGUGAACUAGUUCAUAAAGGAGAGAAUUCAACAGCCUUAAACGGCACACAUGUGAAUGGAGAUGAUGUUGUGUCUAACAUAACAGUGGAGAGUACAGCUGAACCUUCUGUUGAUGUUUGUGAGAUGAAAAGCAAUGCGAUUGAUAGUGAUGGUGAACUUAAUGUUGAUGUACAUGAGAUGAAAGAUGGUGCUGUAGAUAGUGAAGCUGAACCUUCAAAUGGUGCACUGCAGAGUGAAAGUAAACCUUCUGCUGUGUCUGAGAUGGAAAUCAGUACAGAGGAGAUUGAGGCUAAACCUUCAAACUUUGCAGUGGAGGGUGAAGCUAAGCCUUCAACUGGUGCAGUGGAGAAAGAAGUUGAACCUUCAAAUGGUUCGGUGGAGAGUGGAACUGAACCUUCAAAUGGUGUAGUUGAGAGUGCAACUGAAUCUUCAAAUGAUGCAGUAGAGAGUGAAACUGAGCCAUCAAAUGGUGUAAUUGAGAAUGUUGUUGAAUCUUCAAGCGGUGCAGUUGUGGGUGAAGCUGAAUCUUCAAAUAGUGCAGUUGUGGGUGAUGUCAAUCCAUCAAACGGUGCAGUUGAGAUUGUAGCUGAACCUUCCAAUGUUGCAGUUGAGAUCCUAGCUGAACCUUCAACUGGCAAAGUUGAGAGUGAAACCGAGCUAUCAAAUGCUGUAGUUGAAAGUGUAACUGGGUCAUCAAAUGGUGCAGUUGAGGGUAAAGCUGAACCUUUAGCUGUGAAUGAAGCUGAGCCAUCACAUGGUGCAGUUGACACCGUAAUUGAACCUUCAAAUCGUGCAGUUGAGAGGGAAGCUGAACCUUCAAAUGGUGCAAUGGAGAGUGAAGCUGAACCAUCAAAUGGUUCAGUUGAAAGUGAAGCUGAACCUUCAAAUGGUGCACUGGGAACUGAAGCUGAAUCUUUGUAUGAUGCAACUGAGAGGGAAGCUGAACUUUCAGAUACAGCAGUAAAGAGGGAAGCUGAACCUUCAGAUAGAGCAGUGGAGGAGGAAGCUGAACCUUCAGAUAGAGCAGUAGGGAGGGAAGCUGAACCUUUAGAUGGAGCAGUGGAGAUAGAAGCUGAACCUUCAGAUAGAGCAGUGGAGAGGGAAGCUGAACCUUCAGAUAGAGUAGUGGAGAGGGAAGCUGAACCUUCAGAUAGAGCAGUGGGUGAAUCUGAACCUUCAGAUAGAGCAGUGGAUAGGGAAGCUGAACCUUCAGAUGGUGCAGUAGAGAGGGUAGCUGAACCUUCAGAUGGUGCAGUGGAGAGGGAAGCCGAACCUUCAGGUAGAGCAGUAGAGAGGGAAACCGAACCUUCAGAUGGUGCAGUGGAGAGAGAAGCUGAACCAUCAGAUAGAGUAAUGGAGAGGGAAGCUGAACCAUCAGAUAGAGUAGUGGAGAGGGAAGCUGAAUGUUCAAAUGGUGAAGUGGAGAGUGAAGCUGAACGUUCAAAUGGUGAAGUGGAGAGUGAAGCUAAACCAUCAAAUGGUGUAGUUGAGAGUGAAGCUAAACCGUCAAAUGGUGUUGUUGAGAGUGAAGCUAAACCUUCAAAUGGUUUAGUUGAGAGUGAAAGUGAAUCUUCGGUUGAUUUGCGUGAGAUGAAAAACAAUGCAAUGAAUAGUGAAGCUGAACUUUCAACUGGUGCAUUAAAGAGUGAAACUGAAUCUUCUGUUGUAUCUGAUAUUAAAAAAUUUCCAUCGGAGAGUGAAGAUGAACAUUCAAAGUGGGCCAUGGAGAGUGAAGCUCAACCUGCAGUUGAAGAUGAAGGUAGCAAUCAAGGACAUGAAGACACAAGGCCUGCUUUUGAUGCAUUGGAUGUACAGAAUGUGGGUGCAGAGAUAGUGAAAAAGCCAUUCUAUUAUUUGAUCAGGGUUCCCAGGUAUGAUGAUGAUGAAAACAUGAAAGAGCAGAUAGCAAAAACUCUUCACCAAGUAGAGGAGAAGACUAAAAUUCGAGAUGCUAUUCGAGCUGAGAGCCUGACUAUAAAGGCUCGUUGUAAGGAUUGCGACCAAGAGGUUAAGGCUGCAAUAGCAGCCCACAGAGCUGCUCGGGACUUGCUCAAAUCCAAACGCCAGGAAAUGGAUUCGGUUCAAACCACAAUGAACAGAUUAAACAACGCAAUUUCAGUUGGGGAUAUAGAUGGCAAGAUAAGAAAUAUGGAACACAUGAUCCAGCAUGAGACUUUGCCUUUAAAUGAAGAAAAGCAAUUGAUUCGCCAGAUCAAGCAAUUGAAGCAGAAUCGAGAGGAGCUGUCUUCUAAUAUGAGAAAGCAAGAUCAGUCACAACAAUCACUAGACCACAAGGAUGGCAAUAUUGAAGAGCACUCUAAGCAUUUACAGCUUUUGAAAAAGGAAAUGGAAGUGCUUAGAAAUAAUGUUCUGAAGUCAGAUGCAGCAACUAAAGACGCAAAAAAUAAAUAUAAUGAUGAAUAUGAUAAACUGAAUGAGUUGAUAGCUCGAUUUAAGGCAGCCGAUGAAGUUCGUCAAGAAGCGUAUGCUAAAUCAGUGGCUUUGAAGAAACAAUUGCAUGAGAAGGGCAAACAUUUCUGGGAUUACAGAAAGGCUACAAAUAAAGCUCAGGAACUAGCAGCAUUAGGGAAAAAAGAGGAGCUACAAUGCUUCUGUGUUGAUCAGGUUGAGAGAAUUAUGGAGCAAUGGAACAAAAAUGACGAUUUCAGAAGGGACUAUGUCCGAUGCAACACUAGGAGUACACUUAGGAGACUGCAAACCCUAGAUGGCCGAUCACUUGGUCCUGAUGAAGAGUCCCCUGUAAUUCCUGAUGCCAUUACAGUAAGAGUGUCCAAAAAUAUUUCCAUGGUCUCGCAGUCAACUCUGGAACAAGAAAAGAAAUCCACUUCAACAGAAUCUGUUAAUAUAAAGGAUGCACCUGUUUCGAAGGUUGUGGUACAAAGAAUUGAAACAAGUCAGACAACUAAAGCUAAAACGCCUACCAAACCUGCUCCCUUGGAGAAGCCUGUGGCUCGUUGGGGUGAUGAUGAGUCUGAUGAAGAAGAAGUUAAAAAAGAAGAACCUGUGAGAACGAAGGAGGAAGAGGAACUGUUACUGAAGGCUGAAAAAGCAAGGAAGGAGGAAGAGGAGGUAAUGUUGAAGGAAAAGCGGAGGCUCGAGGAGAUUGAGAAAGCUAAAGAGGCCCAGCAGAGGAAAAAGCGUAAUGCAGAGAAGGCUGAACAAAGGGCUGCCUUAAAGGCACAAAAAGAAGCUGAACUGAAAGAGAAGGAAAGGGAGAAGAGAGCACGGAAGAAGGAAAGAAGAAAGGCAGCUUCUGCUGUCACUGCAGAUAAUACAGAACAAGAAUCUGCUCCUACCUCAGAAACUCUAACAAGAAGAAGUGUGGAAGAAUAUGAUCAGAGUGAGAAACCAGCUGAGGUAACCAAAAAGCCACAGAAACCAUCUCAAUUCACGAAGCAGACUAAGGCAAAAUCUGUACCCCUGGCUCUUCGCAACCGGGGAAAGAGACGAAUUCAACCAUGGAUGUGGGUUAUAAUUACAGUUAUGGUUGUUGUUGCCUUGUUUUACGUGGCCAAUAGCAGCUCACUGAGAUCUUCGCUUCAAGGCUUUGGUUUCUGA